AUGGGUGCUUAUCAUUUAUCUGCAGAUGAUGAAUAUUUUCGGAAGGCCUUUAAAAAUAUUCUUGCGUACGGUUUUGAUGUAACCGCUAAAGAAUUUAAAGAAAUGGAAGACUUUGUUCGUCAUUUUUACUUUGGUGAUGACCCAAUAAAUGCUAAAGUUAAAAGAAGUUUCUGUAAACGAAAUUUUAUUACUAAUUGGUGGAAUGUAACUGGCGGUGGAACAGUACAUGGUGACGAACUAGGGUAUUUGUUUGAUAUAUCUUUUUACAAAGAUUUGCCAAUAUCUCGUGAAGAUCAACGCAUGAUCAACCAGUUGACGAAAAUAUGGACCAACUUUGUUAAAUUUGGUAAUCCUAAUCCUCAAUGGUCGGAACUGCUUCCUGUUAAGUGGAAUCCAGUCACUAAUUCAGAAGUACAUUAUCUGAAUAUUGGCUCUCAACUAACACCGAAAACUAGACCGUUCCAUCGACGAACAACUUUCUGGAAACUUUUCUACAAGACUUAUAAUCAUCUACAAAUACCAUAUCCCAGUGCUAAAUUAAACUUAUCCCAAAGUUUAAAGAAACGAAUAGUUUUAGAUUGA